GCCGCGCGACCUAGUCCUCGCAGCGCUCCCGCAUUUCGCCGACCCCGGAGCCGGAACCCCGAACCGGGCCUCGGUGCUACACCCCCCCCGUCGCGGUGGUCCUUGGUGGACGUGGAGCCGCCGGCCGAGCUCCGUAGAACCAGCCCUGUGCUCGUAGGCGUUUGAAAUCGGACACCGCUGUGGCGUAGAGGCCCCUCGCGUUCGUGCGGAGGGAUACGCCGUUGCGUCUGACAAUGUGGACGGAGGUGGUGAAGAUGUCUGCGAGAAGAAUGAAAUCAUCUCAGUUGUAACAACAAAAAAAGGAAGCGGCGACAUUAGUUGCUACAAUAGGUCUGUUUGCCCACGGACUUGUUACAUUGUAGCGAGCACGUGUGCGCGCUGCAGAGCUCGCUCCCGGGACAAAAGGAAGAGAGAGAGCACGGGGCUCCGAUGCGUUUCAGGCGCUGAGGUCGAGGUUCUCUUGAAGUUUUAUGUUUUUCCUCCUGCGAGUCUCUUUUCUUUUUCCUGUCGGAUACCAGACCCUCGGAGCGGAGAGGGUUUAUUAGAGACUGAAGGGUAUGAACGAACAGCAGCAAAGAAUGGCUGCAGUGGGAACUGACAAGGAACUCAACGACCUCCUGGAUUUCAGUGCGAUGUUCGCGCCUCCAGUAGCCAAUGGGAAGAACAGGACAAUGACACUUGCCAGCAGUCAGUUUGGCGGAUCAGCAAUAGACGAGCGUAGCAGCUCUGGGUCUUGGGGCCCGGCAGAACAGAACAGUCCCGCUUUCAGCCAAGGACGGGGAUAUGGAGAAGGAUCCCACUACAGUGAGCAUGAAGGCUUGUCCUCUCCGUUCAUCAGUUCAGGAAUCGCAGGUAAAAAUGAGAGGCCACCGUACCCUCCCUUUGGAAGCCAGCCUGGUUUUCCUCCCAGUGACAUAGCGAUGCCCAGCCCAGAUGCCAUGUCCCCCUCUGGCCUUAAGUCUGGCUCCCAGUUUUACCAAUCAUACCCCAACAACCCCAGGAGAAGGCCGCCUGAGGGAGGCAUAGAAACCCAGCCAAAGAAGAUUCGGAAACCCCCCGGCUUGCCAUCCUCGGUGUAUGCCUCCACAUCUGGUGAAGAGUACACCAGAGACAAUGGAGGAUAUCCUGGUGCUAAGCCUGGAGCUGUCUACCCUGGCUCCUUCUACAUGCAAGAAGACCCCUGGUCAUCUUCUGGCUACUCUGCCAUGCUGGGCAACUCUCCUCACAUUGGACAGCCAGGCUCCUUUUCCGCAAUUAACCCGCAGGACAGAAUGAAGCGUCAUCCCCUGCCUCUGUCCCCACAGAACUAUCCUCUGCACGGCAGCGAAGUCAACGGCUUCCAUUCGGCCCCCACCACUUACAACCACGCACCCACCAUCAACGGAGAAGGCAUCAUGUCCAACCGAGGCACCACAGCUGGCAGUUCAGGAGAUGAGAUUGGGAAGGCGCUUGCCUCAAUUUACCCAUCGGACCACAACAGUAAUAACUUCCCCUCAGCUCCGUCUACUCCUGGAUCCCCUCAGGCGAUUGCAGGAGCUCAGUCACAGUGGCAAAGACCAACCACACCCAACUAUGAUGGGCCACCACAUGCACUGCAGAACAAAAUGGAGGAUCGUCUGGAGGAGGCCAUUCAUGUACUGCGUAGCCAUGCUGUGGGACCUGGCUUAGAAGGAGCCCACUCUGACAUGCACAACCUGCUGUCUUCAGUACACAACGGGGGCCUCGGAGGCCUCUCCCUAGCUUUUCCCAAUGCGAGUCUUGCACUCAGCAACAGACAUCCUGCUAUGCAGGGGGGAAAGCAUGAGGAGCCCACAGGUCUUCCUCCCAGCAGCACUCUCCUGCACGGUCACCACGCCUCUGGACCCACACCCUCAGCCGGUCAACCAGAAGGCUUCACCAGUCUCCCUGGUGGACUGGCCCGCUCUACACACUCCUCCAGCAGCUCAGACAUCAAGAGAGAAGACCGAGAAGACAGAGAGGAUGAUGAAAACUCUGUUUCAGACAAGUCUGAGGAUGAAAGGAAGGACUCUAAGCUAGCACGUAUUCGGUCACGAAAGGAGGAGUUAGCCCUCCAGCUGCUCUCUAGCCUUGCAGAACAGAAAGAUGAUUCGUCUCUGUUUGACACCAGUCAGGACAAUGAAGAAGAAGAUGAUGAGGACCUUCCCCCAGAGUUGAAGAUGGAGCGCGAGAAGGAACGGCGAGUGGCUAACAACGCCCGCGAGCGUCUCAGAGUACGGGACAUCAAUGAGGCGUUCAAGGAGCUUGGGAGGAUGUGCCAGUUACACCUAAGCCACGACAAACCUCAGACCAAACUUCUUAUCCUGCACCAAGCCGUCAAUGUCAUCCUCAACCUAGAACAACAAGUCAGAGAGCGUAACCUUAACCCCAAGGCAGCAUGUUUAAAACGCCGCGAGGAGGAGAAGGUGUCUGGGGUGGUGGGUGAAGCAACGAUGCAGCUCUCAGGCGGCCAUCCCGGUAUGGGAGGAGAUGGACACAAUCCAGUUGGCCACAUGUAACACCAGAUCUGGUGCUGUUUCCUUGGCUGUCAGAGGAUGUGGCCUUAACAAUUUUCUUCCACCCAUUAUUCUCAGUGUGUGUUUAUGUGGACAUGUCUGUGUAUUGUCCGUUCAAGUUUCAAGAUGCACAUUCGCACACUCGUACACACAUGCAUACUGCCAAAACUGACACAGCCUGUUUGUCGCACUCCCAACCAUGACUACAAGCUCAAAUGUGAAGAACUUUUUUUUAGUUUUGCUUUGUUUUAUACAUUUACAGUUUUUGUUCAAGUUUUGGUUUCCACACGAUGAUGGAACGCCGGAGUACUUUACGUCCUGCCACAAAUUUGGGACUUCACACACUGCCGAGAGGUGCUCUGGUGAAAGAAAGGAGACCUAAUCAAACACAAAUUAAAUCAAGGAUUUGUGCCUAAUUGUUACAUGUUUUCUAAUUGACAUUUAAGCAAAUUGCUUUACAUGAGGAACAUUUAUUGUAAGGGAUUGCUUAUGUGUAUGAGCAAUUAUUUUUAAUGUAUGUCAUUCCCAGCGUGAUGGUACAGUCUUACAUAUGUUAUGUAACCAAGCCUAUAGUUGAAGUUGAAUUGUCUAAAUUCUGUGACUUUUCCUUGAUGAAAUGUUUGAGUUGGGUUGUGAAUAGGUCACGAGGAAAGGUCAAAGUUUUUACAGUUCAAACGCAGCUUUCAUGAAAAACGGGAACUUUGACCUAGAGACUGUCUCCGACUGGAGCCCAGUCUCGUCCCAAGAGGCGUCUGGAGACUUGGAAAUCGAGGACUCCUUCCUUGAAGGUUAAGGAUUUUCCAAGCGAUAGAAUCUGUCAACUACAAAACUGUUCUUCCUCUGUGUUGACCACAAAUUCUAGUAUUAACUCCAGUGGUUCCUUGUCAUAGGUUCAGGGUUUUGUAUUGCUUUAUGUACUAAAGCAGUCAUGGACGAGACAAAGCACAGUUGUAUAGGUUAAGGCUGGAAGUUGAGUGUCGACCUGUCGUGCAUUUCGGUCCCCUAAAAAGCCAUUUGAGACGAAGUGGUGAGCAGCGCUCCGUGCUGUUACUUUCUUGAAAUGGGUUACUGACGAUGCCAGCAGACUUAACAGUUCCACGUUUUUACCCCUGAAUUGAUCUUCUGUAAAAAAAAAAAAAGACAAAAAAAUCUGGGUUCCUUUUGAUAGAGGGAUCUCAUCAGUGCGCAGUUGUUGAAGCAGACAAGUCUUUGUGUAACGAAGGCUUUCUUUUCCUUAACGAGCAUUCCCACUGAAUUACAGCCCUUCACCUUCCUCCGAGUAAGUCUGUCAAGUUUCUUACUGAGAGAAGUGUGACGUGUAAAUUCACUUCAUACAUUACUCUGAUAUGUUUCAUUUUUCAAAAUUAAAUAUAUAUAAAAAUAUAUAUUUUUUGUUAGUCUAUACAUUGUAGAUUUUUUUACAUAAAUGGCAAUAUUAGUUGAAGUUUAGAGUGUAUUGUAGAUGAGCUGAAAAAGGGGAUAUUUGACAAUUAAAUGAAUAUGUUCAAAAAUUGAAUUCACAAUUGAACGACAGAGGAAAAGGGGUCAACGGAUGAUGAAAGACAAAUGUUGAAAGCGUUUGGUAUAUACUUUAUUCCAGUUUUUGUUGUAAGGCAUAUCAUCAGCUACCCAGAUUAAUUCUUUCUUUCC